AAACCGACGUUCUGAAGCAAACAACGGAGGAACGUCAAAAGUCUAUAGAAACAGACUACAAUGAAUCUUGUAAAGUUGUAGCCCGUGUCAUUCAGUGUGAUUAUUGUCGAGAAGGAAAAGAACCCAAAGAGAUUUCAAGCCACGUUCAUGACGGCAGACUUGUUGAGCUGCGAAGGGAGUACAUUUCUCAUCUAAAGACGUGUCUAAGUGUCACAAAUCCAAUUAGUGACGGUGGAUUUGGAAAAGUAUUUAUAUCACAUUCUGAAGUUCCCGAAUUUAAGCAGCUAGUAGUUCUUAAGGAGAUUGAUGUUGGAAAUCCGGAUAAAAACAAGGCCCAACUUCUCGGAUCUGUUAUGAGCGAGAAGCUCGCCUCACGUCUCAUGCACUUCGCCAUUGUACCACUCUUGGCAUAUCAUGACGACCAUGAGAAUGGGAAAUUUUAUUUUAUUUCACCGUACUUUCACAACGGUGACUUGUACGAGGCAAUUAAGAAGGACAGAAAUGCUGAGGACAGAAUGAUUCGAAUGGACAUGAAUACCAGGUUGAGAGUGAUGUAUCAGGUCGCGUCCGCUAUCAACUAUAUGCACACUGGGAAUUCCUUCAGGGGCACUAUUCUACACAUGGAUAUCAAAUCCAAAAACAUUGUUCUGGACUCACAACUGAACGCAAGGCUGAUAGAUUUCGGACUUUCCCGAGAGUUGAAGGAAGGAGCCUGUUCAGAAACCAUGACAACGGUUUAUGGCACAAAAGGCUAUUUUCCAACUGUACAACACAAAACACUGACUCAACAACACGACUGCCACAACUUCGGUAUCGUUAUGCGAGAAUUAUUAACUGGCUACAACGCUCUAGAACCCGAUACGCAUAAAAAUGAAAUGCGCAAAUGGCAGAACUUGUAUGUUACAAGAAAAAAACAGCAAAAUAUCUGGACAGACAAUGAAGUUACCGAAAAAGUAGUCAACAUUUCUUACGAAUGCAUUACCAGUAUUGACUCGAAAGAUGCAAAAUAUACAGGAGAUACAAGUUUUACAUCAAAAGACUUGUAUUCGAAGCUAGAGAUGUUGAUGAGGACACCGAAUGAUGUAUCAAAGUGGAUCAGCGUGGAAAAUAACCGAUGUGAUAUAUGUCUUUUGAAUGAAUCCGUCCCAGAUGUGCACACUGAUAUCAACAAAGAAAGAGACGGCUGCCCACACCAUAUUAAGACGUGCUGUGCUUGUAUGCGAAACAGCUACAUCAAUCCAGUCAAAUGUUACGAUUGUGGAAAUGACGUCAAGUCCAUAAUAGGUCACGGAUGGGGUGCUAUAUUGAUUGCUGGACAUAAAAAGAACGGUCAGGAAAUGUUCGACUUAGACAUUAAACUGUUCGGAGAUGCUAUUACAAAUUUAGCCCUUCCAGCCAUGUGUAUAAGCCCUGAUAACAUAGAAAUUAUUGAUUCAAAUAAAGGAACGCCGAAAGAAUCGUCAGCCAAGAUUGAUACAGCUUUUGACCGGCUGGACUCGAAAGAUAUACACACUUUGGUAUUUCUUUACUCGGGACAUAAUCAUGAUGCUAAAGGGUUUUGGUUGGGUGAACACCUAGGUAAAAAGAAAUUCUACAGUAUGAACAGGAUAAAUUACAACAUUAAAAAAAUGGCAAACAUAAAACAAGUUAUCGCAUUUCUCGAUUGUUGCAAAUCAAAACCGAUUGAAGUUCGACCUGAAACGAGUCGGAUACAGUUCAGUGCCUCAGGACAGAAGGAGAAUGCAACAUGCGUACCGAAUGAAGUCAGUUUCUUUACCAAAUACUUGCACCAAGCUUUCACAAUGAAGGCAUCUGGUGGCGAAUGUAGUUUGCACAAGAGUCAUUGCACAAUGAAAGGUGACUUCAUCACACUUGGAUCUCUCUUUGACUACUUAAAGGAACACAGAGAAGGUCUUAUUCAAAUGAUUCCGCGUAUGCAUUCGGAAAAUGCGAAUUGGAGGAGCAUCUACUUGGCAUAUAACUUCGCAUUUAAAGUGGAAAUUUCUAUCAAUGUCAUCGUUCCAAAUUUCGAAAAAAUAAUAAAUGUGACACCAGCGGCCUUGACCGACAUUCAAACUCUUAAAUCAGAGAUUCUGUUUCCGCAUUUUGUUGCUCUUCUUGGUGAGAAUUGUGGAAGUCAGGCAACUGCAAAGGAAUUUAAACUUGCAAAGUUGGCAAACGCUUUAGCAAUCGAGGUUGAUUUGGCCUCAAGACACGUCGAAGAGAUAGGCACCAUUGAAAAGCUGAUGCUGGCAUGGAAUUCAAAACGGAUGAUAAGAUGUAAACUUAGAAAGUGCGAGCGAAUUGAUAAAGGCAAGCCUGUCGUUCUUUUGCAAAAUCAAGGUCAACAUGUCGCUAAAAUGGUGUCUGAAAUCUCGAACGGAAAGACGAUAUUUGAUCUAAGAGAAUUGGAUCACAUGAUAAAAUCUUUGGAAAAUCUGUCAAAAUCAAUGGGCGACUUGUCAGAAGCUCUGAUUGACUUUAUAAUUGACGUCCAGGCAAUUAAAGAUAUAACACGGAGCAAGGAUUUAACGCAAAGAGUUGAAAUGGAAUUCAUAAACCUUUUUGACGACGAAUCCGUUACAUUGGUGUAUUUGGAACCAAAAGAAAUUGAAGAUUUGGAUGAAAACUGA